UGACAUUACACAUGAAUGUGCGGUGCAGAGACGCCGAUGCUGGAGGACGCAGACGAAGGUGGGGUGAGGCUGUGGCACCUGGUGAAGGCCAGCGAGGAGCCGGAGCUGCCCAAACACCGGCGGGGCAGCCUGAGAGAGCGGGAGAGAGCCAAGGCCAUCCCCGAAAUCUACCUCACACGCCUGCUCUCCAUGAAGGGUACGCUGCAGAAGUUUGUGGACGACCUGUUCCAGGUGAUUCUCAGCACUAGUCGGCCGGUGCCUCUCGCCGUGAAGUACUUCUUCGAUCUCCUGGACGACCAGGCCGCGCACCACGGAAUCUCGGACAGCGAGACCAUCCACAUCUGGAAAACCAAUAGUCUGCCGUUGAGGUUCUGGAUCAACAUCGUGAAGAACCCGCAGUUCAUCUUCGACGUCCAGGCCUCGGACAAUGUGGACGCCGUCCUGUCCGUCAUCGCCCAGACCUUCAUGGACUCCUGCACCAUCGCCGAACACAAGCUGGGAAGGGACUCCCCCAUCAACAAGCUACUUUAUGCCAGAGACAUUCCUCGCUACAAGCAGAUGGUGGAGAGGUACUAUGCUGAUAUCAGACAGACCAUCUCUGCCAGUGACCAGGAGAUGAACUCUGCACUAGCAGAGCUAUCCAGGAAUUACUCAGGAGAACUGAAUUACCUUGUGGCCCUGCAUGAGUUGUACAAAUACAUCAACAAGUACUACGACCAGAUCAUCACUGCCUUGGAGGAGGACACUACCGCCCAGAAGAUGCAGCUGGGGUACGAGCGCCCCUAG